AUGGGCUGUGAUUUUGGAGAUGAAUGGAAAAAGGACUGCAAGACAGAGAGUUAUGGACUUAACGUGUGGAUCAAGUGUGUGUCUGUAAAGCAAUGGUUAUCAUUCGUAGCUCACAGSCUGGACAGCAUGACCAACUUCAAAAUUCUUCAUUAUGUAGCAUUUUUGUGCUUUAUAGUUUUGAUGGAAUGUAUAGCAACAUCAAGUAGUUCAUUCAGUGGAAAAAAASUCGGAAGAGAUCAAAUUAACAAACUCGGCUACGCAAUCUUUGUCAAACAUAAAAACAGUUUUUUAAAUGUCACUGCGGCGUUGAGAGGUUUUGUGAAAAWACCUGGAGAAUGUGCGUUAAUCUGCGUAAAGCAUUCUCAAGGAUUCUCGUUUAAUUUUGCUGUUAAUCCUGAUGAAUAUGGAAGACAUGCUUGUGRGAUCCUGUCYACAGACAAGUACAAAGAUUCAAGCAAGUUUUUGACUGGCAAGAGUGGGCAGUCGCACUACAGCAUUAAAAGUCCAUGUGAGUCUCAACCAUGUUGUAAUGGAGCAACGUGCAUAGCCCUCUACGACAAGAACAGUUACGUGUGUGAGUGUUCGUACGGAUUCAGUGGUGUGCAUUGCGACAUGGUUGUACCUACUACGUCUCCUCUARCAACUCAGUCCACCAAAACAACAGCUCUGACAACAACAGCCUCGUCGAAAGUGACUCCAACAACUGUUCAGGUUUGGACCCUUAUUGCACGAUUUUCAAACUCAGAUUCCAAAAAUUGGAUGCAAUCAAGUGGAUAUUGGUGGUAUGAUAAAGACACUGCACAAGGUGACAUUUCAAACACAACUGCCAAUGAAGACAUGAUAGCGCCCGCUUUCUGGGCCAGCACAGGUAAAGAAAUCAAAAUAUCUCGUACAGACGACUCCGACCACACACCCCUCUUGGUGACCACUUCUAACUGUCUGGGUGGGAUGACAUUACGUCAAAAGAUGUCCAGCUAUGGGGACUUUAGAGAUGGAAAGGUCUGGUCUCCUGAUAAAUGUCUUGGUAUUUGCGAUGUGUCAUACUCUGGCAACUAUAUCUCAACUGCAGGAUUUUCUCAGGCGAAUUGCGACGGUCGUGUUUUGAAAAGAAACCAAAUUGGAUUCUGGUGUGACUUUGGUUGGGCAGGAGCAGUGAUAUCAAUUGGAGGUGUUAGCAAAGCUUGUAAGCGGGCUGAUCAUGGNUGGUAUGAUAAAGACACUGCUCAAGGUGACAUUUCAAACACAACUGCCAAUGAAGACAUGAUAGCGCCCGCCUUCUGGACAACCACAGGUCAAGAAAUCAAAAUAUCUCGUACAGACGACCCCGACCAUACACCCCUCUUGGUGACCACGUCUAACUGUCUGGGUGGGAUGACAUUACGUCAAAAGAUGUCCAGCUAUGGAAACUUUAGAGAUGGAAAUGAGUGGUCUCCUGAUAAAUGUCUUGGUAUUUGCGAUGUGUCAUACUCUGGAAAUUAUAUCUCAACUGCAGGAUUUUCCCAGGCGAAUUGCGACGGUCGUGUUUUGAAACGAAACCAAAUUGGAUUCUGGUGUGACUUUGGUUGGGCUGGAGCAGUGAUAUCAAUUGGAGGUGUUAGCAAAGCUUGUAAGCGGGCUGAUCAUGGACUUGGAGUUACUGAACAAAAUAAAGGGAAAUUAGGUACAAAAUUGGGCUGUGAUUUUGGAGACGGUGGGGGAGAGGUCCACUGCAAGCCACAUCCCUAUGCACUUAACGUUUGGAUUAAAUAA